AUGGCAACACCAUCUCAGCUGGAGGAGCCGCUGAAGAUGGAGCCACUGUGCUACAGAGAGGAGUUCCAGGAAGAAGGCUAUCACUCUGAGUCUGAGAAGCAAAAAGAGCGUGCAAACGAUGAAGACUUGUCCUCAGUCACCUCGCCAAGAGGAGCUUCUGAAGCAUUCUCUCAUGCUUUGCCAACAGAAACCAUAUCCAUGGGUAACGGCGAUGAUGGGGAGAGACAUGACAGCUACAACCUAUCCUAUGGAGAGGAUUCUGACGAAAACUCCUUCAGUAACGAUACUAGUGAAAUGAAGGAUGAAGAAGAUUAUUCGAAUCCAUUAGCUCAGCUACAGAGUGUACUGGAGAAGAACGGCAUGCUUGGCUCGAAACUUGAAUUCCCGACAUCAACCAACGGCUCAUCUCCUGUCAGUGCCAGCGAAGAUGGAACUAGUCCUGACCCAUUUCCUCCCUUGGGUGAAGAUGACGUCACAGGAGAAGUCUACCGUUGUCACUUGUGCAGCUAUUCUGGAACCUCCAAAUUUCACUUUAAUUGCCACAUGAAUACCCACUUCGACCAUAAAUGUCCAUUCUGUGAUUACACUUCUAGGACAGAAGGUCGUCUCAAACGCCAUGUAAAAGAUUUUCAUUCAGAAGUCCCUCCAGGUAACCCAAACACACCUACCAGGACCUCAACGGGAAAAGUCCGCCAUUACCGCUGCAAACAGUGUAACUUUGUUUCUGUUACAAAAACUGACUUUUGGGAACAUAGCAAGACACAUAUCAAAUCAGAAAAGCUUCUAACCUGUCCCAAGUGUCCUUUUGUGACAGAGUACAAACAUCAUCUAGAGUAUCACCUCAGGAACCACUUUGGAUCCAAGCCCUUUAAAUGCUCAAAAUGCAAUUACAGCUGUGUGAACAAGUCCAUGCUAAACAGCCACAUGAAGUCUCACUCUAACAUCUAUCAGUACAGAUGUGCUGAUUGUUCCUAUGCCACUAAGUAUUGCCACAGUCUGAAACUUCAUUUGCGGAAAUAUUCGCACAAACCUGCCACAGUUUUAAAUCUUGAUGGAACUCCAAAUCCAUACCCAGUUAUUGACGUCUAUGGAACCCGCAGGGGUCCAAGGCCCAAGAAACAAAAAACAGAGGAUCAGCAGUUCCCAUCUUCUAGUCAGAGUCCAAUUUCUUCCAUUGCUCAGAUUCCACCAGUAGUACAACCAUCAUCUGACAUGUCUCAAUUUAUUCCUACUUCCUUAGGUUUACCAUUUUUGUAUCCUCCUCAUGUUAUGUCUGGCCCUCACAACAGUAUGUUUAUUCGCCCACCUUCAUUACUGAAAGCACUGCCACCUCCUAGUGGUCCAUUAUCAAAUUCAACUCCAUCAAGCAGACCAGACACACAAGGGACUAAUCCAUCAAACACAAACUUAGGCAGUCUAAAGUGCAACCAGUGUAAUUUCACCACAGAAAUCAGAGACAUGUUUAGCAAACACCUAUUACUGCACGUGGCUUCAGAAAACCAAGAUCUUUGUAAAUUAUAUGGAAUUACUUCUGAAACUCUUCUACAAAUGCAGGAUCAACAACAACAGCGUCCAAGAUGGAGUGCAGAUGGAAAUAAAAUCGACCAGGUUGCCUCAAAAAAUCCCAGUUCGAGGAUCGAAAGUCCAAGGCCAUGGGAAGGAAAAAUGGUAUUUUAUGCUACAGAAUCUGUUAAAGAUGACUUGAAUAUAAAAACAUAUAAAACUUCCCCCAUACACACACAACUCCAGAAGUCUAAGGUGCCUUCUCCUCUCCCUGAAGUAAAAAACAGCUCUCCUUCUAUGUUGAAUACUCGAGUUGGUAGUCAAUCAAUGUCCACCCCUUUACUCCAGGCUCAACUGUCUUCUGGACCAUUACUCUCGCGAAAAGGACCUUAUCUCAAACCUGAUGUUCACUUCCCGUUGGAUCUGAGUAGUUGUCGCAGUAGUCCAAAAUAUCAGCAAACCAUCUCUGAUCAAGAAGCCCUAAUAUCUGUUCCUCAGUCAGAUUCUUCAAAUGAGCACCAGCUGCAUUCUAUUUCAUCAGAGUCCAAUGCUUCUAAAUCUGCCCCUUCACAGCUAAUACCCUCUCAUUCAAGUCAUUCGCUACAGACAAAUGGCUCACGAUCUGCUGUGUUUGAACCUGUUCCUCUUUGUUCCUCUCAGGAUCUCCCUCUCACCACUUCUAGUAAGGCGAUUGACACGACAAGCUCUCAUACGUCUUCACAAACCUCAUCAUCCACUCCUCGUAAUCGUAGGAAAGGAAAGGCUGUAAAGUUAGAACGCCUCCAAUAUGCUUUUGAAGACAAGUGCUCUUCUGAAGAGCUAAUGGACUAUGACACAGAAGACUACAAAUUCCCUGUGACAGAGGCUGCUCAAGAAUCUAUUUCAAGGAAUUCUGUAGAUAACGUCGACGUGAUCUCAGUACCCAUAUACAAGCCUUCUACCACUGUAGAUUCCCCUCAAUCUUCUCAUCAGAUAAACCCUAAUGCAACAAAAGUUUCAGAGACGAAACCUCCCUCCCAGAUUGGACCAGUUCGACCAAUUCCCAAAAUUAACGUUUCAGCAGAAGCGACUAGAAUAGCUAGGCCAGUACCUCAGCCUCUUCCAUUCAACCCUUUGGAGUUGAGCAGGAUGGGCAGUCAGCCCAUGCCUUUUCCUUAUCAGGUGUCGUCUCUCUUCUUUGGACAUAACGGAUUAAACGCAACGCACAAUGGAAAUGUGAUAACUUCGUACGAUCGUUACUCUGGUUUUCCUUAUCAUGAUUUUUCUGUGGCUAAUGUGAUGCGUGAAGGACCUAUCUGCCCACCACCAAAGGCUGCUCUACCUCUCAAGCAAAAUGGAGCCGAUACCAAGGACAGGCCCAGCUCCAAAAAUGAAGAAGACAAGGCCAAAUGGCAAGACGCCUACGCGUGUAGCUACUGCGAUAUGGCAUUUAAAGACUGCAUCAUGUACACCAUGCACAUGGGUUACCAUGGUUACCAAGACCCCUUUACAUGCAACAUGUGCGGCCAACAGAACAAAGACAAGGUUUCGUUUUUCUUGCACAUUGCUCGGUCUGCUCAUCAUUGAAACUCCUAGUAUUAAUAACGUGACAAAACAGGAAAUGUAGCCUUUUUUAUGGACACGAACUGAUACUACCUCAUUUUAUAUCGUGUUUAGUGGUGACCUAAAUUUUAUGUAGGUAAGAAAA